AUGGCCGACCCUUCCCCCGUGGCGGCCUAUGAAACCUCCAGCCAUGAUGCCGAAAAGAAAGGCGAGCCCGAGACGGGCUGGGCCUCUGUGGAUGUCGACUACGGUGCCGAAACCGAUCUGAAGCGGAGUUUGUCCACCCGACACUUGACCAUGAUUGCGCUGGGAUCCUCUAUUGGUAUGGGGUUAUGGCUGGGUAGUGGUGAAUCCCUGGAGAACGGUGGACCAGCGGCUAUCUUCAUCGGCUACCUGCUGAGUGGCACGAUGAUCUGGUCGGUUAGUCACUCGAUCGGUGAGAUGGCUGUCAUGUACCCUCUGCCGUCUGCCUUUACCCAGUGGACGGAGAUGUUCAUUGACCGGUCGGCGGCGUUUGCCCUGGGCUGGGCGUAUUGGUUUUCUUACUUUAUCACGAUCGCAAACGAGCUCCAGGGUAUCGUUACGGUGCUGAACUUCUGGACCGACAAGGUGCCUAUCGCAGCCUGGAUCACCAUCUUCUGGGUGGUGAUCAUUUUCAUCAACGUCUUCGCGGUGCGGUUCUUUGGUGAAGUCGAGGUCAUUGCCUCCUCCAUCAAGUUUGGCUGGAUCUUCGUGGUCAUCAUCUCCCUGAUCGUGGUUUCGGCCGGCGGUGCCCCCAAGGAGGGCCCAAUUGGAUUCCGCUACUGGAACUCGAUGCCAUUCACGCACGGCUUCAAGGGCUUCCUGUCCGUCAUGCCCACCUGCAUCUUCGCCAUGUCCGGCUCCGAGAACUCGGCCCUGGUGGCGGCGGAGACGGACAACCCGCGCAAGGCGGUGCCACGCGCCGUCAGCUCGAUCUGGCUGCGUCUGUCGCUCUUUUACGUCCUGGGAUCGCUGAUGAUCACCAUCACGGUGUCCCCCAAGGACCCCAACCUCUUCGGUGGCUCGGGCGUCAACGCGUCGCCGUUCGUCAUUGCCUACCGCAACGCCGGUCUUGCUCCUCUGGCCCACAUCAUGAACGCCGUCAUCUUCAUCUCGGUUUUGUCGACCGGUAGUAUCUCCGCCUACGGUGGUUCCCGGACCCUCAUGGGUCUCACACACAUGAAGAUGGCCCCGAAGAUCUUCGGCAAAGCCGACAAAGCGGGUCGCCCCGUCGCCGGUUUGGUGAUCACGCUCGUCAUCGGCGGUGGCCUCGCCUACCUCAACGUCGACAACAAAGGUUCAACCGUCUUCUCCUGGUUUUCAAACCUGACAUCCCUCUUCACAUUGUUCGGAUGGGGUACUAUCUGCCUCUCGCACCUGCGCAUGCGCUACGCCUGGAAGGUCCAAGGCCGCUCGGUCGAAGACCUGCCCUGGCGGUCGUGGACAUACCCCUACGGCGCCAUCUGGGGUCUGUUCUGGUGCAUCCUGCUCAUCAUCGCCGAGUUCUAUCUCAGUUUGUGGCCCCUGGACGGUAGUCCCACGGCCAAGGGGUUCUUCGCGAACUAUGUGUCUGUUGUGGCUAUCGUGGUGCUGUAUGUUGCCGCUCGAUGCUACUACCGUGGUCGGUGGUGGGUGGAUGCCAGUACGAUUGAUUUGGAUGGACCGAGGCGGUUCUAUUCCGAUGCAGUGGAUGAGGAGGCGAAGCCGGCGAAGACGGGCGUCAAGAAGUAUGCGUCUAUGGUGGUAUCGGCGGUGUUUGAGUAG